AUGAGUUUGAAUAACGGUCCUUCGAAUAAAGGCAAUCAACCAUUACCCAAUAUCAUGGGUUAUAUUCAGGCUAAUAAUUUACCACCUGUUAAUCCACGCCACAAUAUGACGAUUAAUGGAACUCCCGAUAUUUUAAAUCGUCAUCACAAUAAUAAUAUUGCUCAAAAUCAAUCAAAUUUUCAGAAUCGUCCUUUGCCGGCAAUGGGAGAUUCAUUUAUAAGCGAUGACACUGAAUCAAAUAAUACUACUACUAAGAAGAAUAGUGGUAAUUCCGAUUGGAAACAGCAGAAUCCAAUUGUGCCUGUGAAAAGAAGAGUAUCAAAAGCUUGCGAUCAUUGUAGAAAGAGAAAGAUUAAAUGUGAUGAUAUUGAUCCUGUUAGUAAUAAAUGUUCGAAUUGUAUGAAAUAUAAUGCAGAAUGUACUUUUAUUCACCAUGACAAUCCUCCAAAGAAAAAGAAAAAGAAAUCUACUGCUAAAAAUGAUGAUAACAACUCUAAUACUACCAAUGCUGAGACAACUAAUAAUCCUUCAAAUAUAGAUUCAUUUGUCGCGACUCCUGAUAUGUUAAGAAUGUUCCCUGAUAACAACAACAACAAUAAUGGUAAUAACCAUCCUUUAAAUGUACCUGUGCAAGGGAGCGGUAAUUCAAGUGAACCAUCAGCGCAACAAAUGGCAUACAAUAGUAGUUUAAGAAGUAGUUCAAAUAUUAUGAAACAAAUGAACAACGAUUUUCCUAAUUUGGCAUCACUCUCUCCUGGCAAUUCGAAUACCAAUAAUUCUCAGGAUAAUACCAUGAAUAGUAGUAACCUAAGAGUAAAUGAUAAGGGAGUUGGACAGCUCCCAUCAAGUAGAGGGCUUGAGGGUAAUGAAACUGUCAUUAAUAGAGUUGAACAAGUUGAUAGGAAAGUGUCUAUGGUCAUCGAUACUAUGGCUAGAUUCGAAUGGCUGGUUGAUAAACUUUCAAAAAAAGUCGAUGAUAGAUUACCAAAAGCGACAAAUGUACAAAUGGCAAAACAUAAACAAUAUUUCUCAAAACUUUUAACCACCCAAAAAUUGGAAUGGGCGAAAUCCAUUGUCUCUGAGGAUGAACCAAACAGUGUAUUCUUGGGACCAAUUAAGAAAUUUAUGACUGUUAAUUUAAAAUGGUACAUUUUACAAUGUAAACAUAUGAUCGAGUACCCAAUGAUUUUGAAUUUCAGAGAUCAAAAAACAUUAAACAUGCCUUCUAAAGACCACGCGAAGGUCUUGUUAGAGAAUUUUAAUACUCUAAUCAAAUAUCAUUCUAGUAUAAUGAGUGAGGAUGAAAUAUUAAAAUUAUACGAAAAAUAUUAUGAAAAUGAUCCUAGUACGUUAUCAUAUGGAGAACAUCUUGUCCUAAAUAUUAGCAUGGCAAUAAGCGCAAACGUUUCUAUCUGUGAUGGGCAUGAAUUCUUCAAAGAAGAUCCUGAAAAUGAACCAACUUUACAAGAAUUACAUAAUAUUGAAAAGAUGACAUUCGAGAAUGCAAUGUACUACUACCAUAAACUUGUUUUAUUUUCCGCUGGAGCAACAGCAAUUACAGGCUUACUAUUACUGUUCCACUAUUUGAACUUUAAUUUUAACUCCGAAUUUGCCAUAGAUACAUUAUCAUUGGCUAUCAGAUAUGCCUACGAUAUGAAUCUUAAUAUGAACUUCCACUAUAAAUCGUUGGCACCAGGUGACGUCAUAAAGCAUAGAGCCCUUUGGUGGUAUUGUUUCUAUUUUGAUAAAAUGAUUUCAUUAAUGCUAUCCAAACCACCUCUAAUCAAAGAACAUGACAUGGAUAUUUUAGCAAAUGAUGUCUAUUUCGAGUCCAUCAAGUAUUAUCAAUUACCAAAACAUUUUAAAAAUAACCCCGGUGAAAUUGAUAAGAUCACUAAUUUAAAUGAUGCUUUAUCAGCUAUAAUCAAUUAUAGUGAACAUUUCCCAUUCUUCGUGUCGUUUUAUUCAACAAAACUAAUUUCCAUCGAGAGUCAAAUAGGAUCUGUAUGCUUUUCUAUCAGAAACACUAUUGAUUAUUCAUUUGAUGAUAUAGUCCAGAAAGUUUUGGAUAUCAGGACAGAUCUUACGACCUGGAAGGAAAGUUUACAUCCAUCAAUGAGAUUAGAAAGUUAUAAUCAAUAUUUAAAGAUGUUGUAUGCUCAAUCGCCCUCAAAAAGUUCGAAGCUUGGUUUAGAAGUUUCUUGCUCCCAAGUUAUAAAAUGCCAUCUACAUUAUUUAUACUUGGAUCUCACACUUAGCUGCUUUGCAGUUGCUUUCCUGUUGGACAAUACUAAUCUAUUUACUACGUCGUUGCAACCGUUGCCAGAGACAUUCCAUUCAUUUUGCAGGCAAAUUAAAAUAGAUUGUGUUCAAAUCUGUAAAAUUUUCCAAAAAGUGCCCUUCAAGCCAUAUCUUUACCCAGAACUGCUACAUUAUGUUAUGACAGGUAUUUACUCUCUUAUAUUCCAUGUCAUAAAAUAUAUGGACGAUCCAAAGGAAAUUGAUAUUCCAAAAUUAAUUUCAUUAUUAGUUAGCGCACAUAAUCAUGUUGUUGGUGAAAAUUAUACCAAAGUUCCAACUACGAAUGUUAAAGUUAAUGCAUCCAUUUUUUACUUUACUUUCUUACUGAAGUAUAUAAUUAAACAUUACAAUAGUAAAGUGCGUAAUAGAGAUGAAGAGGAAUUUGAGUACUCAAAAUAUGAUGACUUAUUGAUGAAGCUUACCGAAAAUAUACAAGAUAGGAAGACUGAAACAAUAAAAUCUAUUAUUCAACAAGUACGUGGUAAUGGCGAAGAUGAAGAAAAUAGAUGGUCGCAAUUUAGACUUAGUGAUGACAAGAUAGUCGUCGAUCCUACUUUACCACCGAUUGAAGUUAAUAUAUUCGGGAUGUUCAGUAAAUUUACUCCGCAUUUAUUGCAACUGUUGGACUCUCCCGCCACCUUUGAGUCAGUGUUUAAUGACAGAGAAAUAGAAACUCCAAACGAUCCGUCAUUAUACACUUCUAUAAAGCUACCACCUACACUGCUAUUUUCUAUACACGCCAAUGGUGAUAUUGACGAAGGAUACAAGCAAGAACAGUUAAGGAAAUUAGGUGACACGAAAAAUACAUUUGGUUUCAGCAGUCAAUUACCUCUUGGAUCAUUGCUCUUUGACAGAGAUUUCUUAUUCAUUAAAUACCUGAACCAGGAGAGGAAAUAUAAGAUUUCGUAUUGA